ACGUUCGCUGUGUGCCCCUCACUCCUCGCGCCAGUUCCAGAGGUGCGUUGGAGCCAUGGCUGCCGCCAACCCGUGGGACCCAGCGUCCGCGCCGAGUGCAGCUGGGUUACUGCUGAACCACUUGGUGGCUUCAGGGAUAGUCACUGAGGAGAUGUUAGAUAUAUCUAAGAACACGGCUCCUUGCUUUGUGAACUUUUCCAGAUUACAGCAGAUCUCAGAUCUUCAAGCUGAAAUCUACCAGAACAAUCUGGAAAUUGAACUUCUGAAGCUAGAAAAGGAUACAGCAGAUCUUAUUCAUCCUACCUAUUUGGUUGAGAAAUAUGAUGUUCUGCAAAGCAUGAAUAAUCAUCUGGAAGCAGUGCUAAAAGAGAAGCACACCAUCAGGCAAAGACUGCUGAGACCCAUGUGCCAGGAGAACUUGCCAAUGGAAGCUGUUUAUCACAGAUAUAUGGUACAUAUGCUGGAAUUGGCUGUGACUUUCAUUGAGAAAAUGGAAACGAAUCUUGAAAUAAUUAGAAAUAUCCCUCAUUUAGAUGCAAACCUAAAGAAAAUGAGCAAAGCUUUAGCCAAGAUGGAUAUUUUGGUGAACAAGACAGAAGAACUGGCAGAGAAUAUACUCAAGUGGCGAGAUCUACAAAAGGAAAUUUCCUUGUACAUCCCCAGAAUGCUGACUGAAGAAAAUCAUCUUCAUGAACUUGACAUAGUGCCUCCUUUACCUUUUCUUUCUAAGGCUCACACUGAGACCUCUGAUACCAAGUGAUGCCAUCUUUACGUUCAGUCAAUUACAUGUAAUCAGAAGUCCCUGUCUAGAUUGUUAUGACAGGCAUAUUGAUAGGCUUUGUUGCUAGCAGCACUGAAGCCUUCUUAGUAUUGGAAUAGCAGAGCCAGAAAGAUAUCUCAGUGGGGAAAAGCUCCUGCUUCAAGCCUCACAGCCUGAUUCAAUCCCUGGGAUCCACAUAUCAGAAGGGGAUCACUGAUUCCCACAGAUUCUCAAGCCUAUGAUGUCUACACAUGUGUCAUCGUAUGUAUGUGCUAUACACACAAAAAUAGACAAAUGAAAGUAAUAGAGAGCGAGUGAGCACAUUGGAGCACCAGAAUUUUAGGUUCAUUAGGAUCAAACUGACCUUUAUCUAUGUUUUCACUCUCUUCAGUGAAGCUUAAAAAUGAUCAACUAUACAUAUGAUUAUAAGUGAAUUGAACAUUCUUCAGGCAGAAGGUUUUGUAUUAUGAUUCUGCAUUGUGUCUUUUAAAAACAUUUCUGGAUUGGAAUAUUCCAGAAUCUGUAACUGAAUAGCUACUCACCAGGCCUGUUCCUCUUUGAAGACUUCAUGAAGUAGUGGUUCCUUGGCUGGCCCACCUAGAACCAUAGGUAAUAGGAGGAGGAGCAGGGCUCAGUGAUCAGGCUGUACAGUGUAGUUUGUGGGGGAUGCUUUCUUUUCUUCUGAGAGUCUAGGAUGUUGGUACACACCGAGUAGAAAGUACCUUUGCUUCUGGUCCCUGGCAGAAUUGCAGAGCACCUCAUCCCUAACCGUUUUGGUGAUAGAGAGCAUUUAAGUGUAGCAGUUGAGUUGUACUAAGUCACAGCUGUGAAUGUGAUGACACUAAGUCUUGUAACUCCUCUAGGCAGUUCACUCACUGAACCUGGUUGUAUCCUUAGGACUGCUUGGAAAUAAACGCUGGUGGAGGAUGUGUGCUGGUGGACUUAGGAUCAACAAAGAAGAAACAGAGUCUUGUAAAAAUUUAGAAUUUUUUGGUGCUAUAUGUAGCCAAGGCAGAACUUGGACUCACUAUGUAGCCCAGGCUGGUCUCAAACACAUGAUUUUCCUUGCCUUAGCCUCCCGAGUGCUGGAAUCACAGACAUGUGGCUAAAGGUUAGAGGUCUGUAAAGGAAAACACUGAUAUUUUACUCACUUAGGAUUUUCUUAAGAUGGAGACUAGUAUAAUAAAUAGAGAUUGUAACAGUUAUCCCAAGAACUUCUCAUUUAUAUCAGUACUGUAAGUACGUCUGCCUUAUGUUUAAACUGGGAUCUGGUUUCCUUUCACGUGUAUAUAUCAGGAUUUCCUUACUGUAGCAUUCUGCACUGUGGGCAUUCAGCAAACCUGCUCAUCAGAUCUUAAUACAAGACUUCACUUGGUGGAUAGUAAAGGAGAUGUUCCUAGGGAAGCAGGAUCUUUACCCCCAAAGGGCCCUGUUAAAACAACAGGUUAUUGUUUUUAAAGUCUACAGCUUUUACGAAUAUGCCAUACACAAGUGGUAUUGAGAUUUUGAACAUCACCUAGACAAGUCAGUAGAAUUAUUAAUUUUCCUUGUAGGAAUUCUUGUGUAUUUAUGUGUAAAUAUACUCAUUACUUUGUCAUUGUCAAUACUCUUUUUUUUUUUUUUUUGGUUCUUUUUUUCGGAGCUGGGGACCGAACCCAGGGCCUUGCGCUUCCUAGGCAAGCGCACUACCACUGAGCUAAAUCCCCAACCCCCAUUGUCAAUACUCUUUGUGGUUUUGUAAUUUUUUAUUUCCAUUAAUGAUUCAAGCUGUAAAAGUAAACUAAUUUUAAUUAAAUGUGGCUCCAAUAUGAAUCCCAAGUAACAGAAAAAAAAAUACUAUUAGCUUAACACAUACAACAUAGAAGCCUUCCAGCUAUCUGACUCAUAAAAGCUUAAGGUAAGUUAAGCCUAAAUUCCAACAUAAAGAGGAAAGCUAAUUUUAUAUUAGUGUGAUCAAUAAGUAGAGCAAGUUGGCUUAUAGAAGACAGUUACCUGGGAUGGAGAGAUGUUGGGAGCAGCCUUGAGAUGGUGAAAGCAGCCUUCAAGUUAAAAAACAAUUGUGUUCUAGCCUUAUGCUGGAAUAAUAAGCAAUAUUCUUCAGGUUAAAAAGCAAUUAUAUUUUAGCCUUAUGAUAGAACAAAAAACAAUAGCCUUAGGUUAGAUCAAAGCAGCACCUGCAGCUCUACAUAAAUUCAAUAGAUAGCAUAAAUCUAGGUGUCAGAUCACUGAGUACUGGUGGUCAGGCACUGACGGUCAGGUCACUAAGCAACCCACCCUGCUGUUCCCCCGCUUGGCCGAUUUACCUGGCCAAUAUCCUGGUUAUCAAGCCAGGCCCAUUCUUUGUGGUCACCCAACCCCUCCCCACAUUUUGCUUCUACCAGUAUAUCUUCAGCCUGAGAAAAAUUAAAAAUUGUCAGCUUGAUCAGA